UGGCCCCACCGCGACCCUAAGGAAAUGGAUGGAUUAACUCUGACCUACUCUUUUUCGGUAUAAUAACUUUAUAGCUAUUCGGUCAGAUAAGUUACACGCUAAACAGAAGUUUCACUUUAAGUGGGCGUGGUCAGGACAGGUGUUUGAAGUGGAACUCUCCAUCAGGAAGUUUUUGGUUACAGGUUGAUUGUUUGGCUCUGCUGUAAACGAAAACAAGAGAGGAAAGGGUUGGAAAGUGAUCAUGUUUACGCGCUGAGCAGCAGAAAACCAAUGACUGAUUGAUACCAACGGGAAAGCACUGCUGUAACCGAAUUUAGAGCAGGUAAAGGAAGAUGCCAGACAGAGGAAGACACCAUCAGAGGAGUGAUGCACCUGCAGAGUACAUGAGCAGGGAUUACUCACACAGGGGACAGCACUAUAAUAACCAGAGACGCAGCCAAAACCCGAGAGAUGAGGAGGAGCGAGUCACUGACAGAAGAACCAAGGAGAGCGGAAAGAGAGAAGUGACAAGUCCAUCUGUUUACCAGGGGGCAGGUGCAUAUCCAUAUGACAUAAGACCCUCAACACUGCCCAGAGAAACAUCAAUCUAUCACCCUGAGGUCAAUCAGCAAAAGCACAGACAAGCUUUGUACAACUUAAGAUACGCUCUAACCACUAGAGGUAUCUGCCAGUUAAUGGAGGUGGCUUUAAAUCUUUUUAUCAUAAUUUGUGCCGGAGUGCCAUACAGCAACAACGGGGGUUACCGGGACUUGGCCAGCUUCGGAGGAAUUUACCAUUAUUAUUUUGGUGGCGCCAACGCCUUCACUGGAGCAGAUUCAAACAGGGUCCAAGAGCUGGACCGCCUUUUCAACCAGCUCAAGCGGCCACCCUAUGCCUUUGCUUUGGCCUGUGGCGUGAUUUUGAUGAUCUAUGCCCUUGUAAUGUUUGCCCUGGGUAUCUUUAGGGUUCCUUAUCGCAGGCCCCCCAUGCUGUUGGUGGAGGCUAUUGUGAAUUUUCUGAUCAGCUUGGGUUAUGUCGCCGGGCUAGUGAUCUAUUUUGUUAAAAUACAGGAAACCUACCAAAACCCCAUCUGUCAGGAGAGGGAGCAAAUGUACAAGAGCAAAGGGCAUAAUGGUUUUGAGUGCCGCUUUAAUGGUGCAGAUAUUGCAGGAGGACUGUUUGGGGUGGCAGGGAUUUUUGUUUUCAUCUUUGGUGGGGUGUUAGCUGUGAGAGCCUACAGAUCAAUGCAAGAGCUGAAGACGGGAAUAACAAAUGAAGACAAUCAUUUAUAAACAGGUUUUCAUUUAGUGCCAUUUUUAAACAAAUGUAUUAAUACGUUUUAUGUAUUUUCUUUUUUUCUGUACAUAUUUUAUUGUAUUAACAGUUUAAAUAGUGUAUAAUAUUGUAUUAUUUGGCAAAUAAAGCAUAAUACUGAAAAAGUGCACUGUAUAAAUCAGAAAAGUUAGCCUCCUGGUGAAAAACAAAUGAGGUGAUUUUAAUAGAACAGCUAAAAUGCCCAGCUGGAGUUGGUGAAACAAAUUCAGAACUCUUUAAUUUACUAUUUUAAAGCAAUCGUUAGAAUUGUUUCUUAUAAAAAUUAAAGGAAAAUCUUAAACUGCUAAACUAUAUUUGUAAAAAAAAUUGUAUGACCGCUUAUCCUUUGAACCAAAGUCCUACAAAGUGUAAACAAAUACAUAUAUUCUUUAAACAAGAAAAAAAGUUAAUGGCUGUAGUUUUGUUGCUUUAAUGUAUAUUAUUAGUACUAAGAUUCUUUUUUUUUUUUUUUUUUUUUUAACUCGAGUGGCACCUACUUUGUCAGGAAAAGUGCUGAUGUUACAGUUAUGGAGACACGGUAGUGCUUCUGAUCUUACCAUGUAGUAUCCGUUAUGUCGAAAAAAAUAUACUAUCAAAGAAAAACUACAUACUGGAAGAUAUGUUCAUAAUAUGUAAGUAGUAGUAGUUGUAUUGUCUAAAGUGAUAUUAAUUGUAUACUAGAUGUUCACAAGAAAGCAUAACAGUUCUGGCAAUUUUGCUUUUUUUUUUUAGUUUGCAGAUUUCUUUGUACUAUGUUUACAUCUUGUUA